CAUACGACUCCUGUUGAUAAGAUUUCAAAAGUCUAUAUAAAUCGCAUACCCCCCACCAAAUGUGACCAUUCGUUUCCUUUAUAAUGAAACUGCUCGCGUUGUUCUUGGGCUUGGCUGUUGCUGUAGCGGUAGCCAUUCCCAUCGAGGAAUUGGGCCCAGAGACGGUUCCUUUCGAGGAAUUCGGCUGGGAGCACAUCCCCAACGAAGAAGUUGGCGACGAGUACCUCCCCAACGAAGAUGAAGGACUUGAGCACAUUCCCAGUGAAGAAACUGGCACGGAACACAUGCCCGUCGAACAAUCUCCCUGGUCCCUGGUACCUGACGGUAACGGUCACCUGCACUUGGUGAACACCGAUCCUUACAACUUGGCUGGACAGGAAGAACCAGAAGCACAUUUCAACGCUGAUACCCAAACCAUUUUCCGUUUGUUCACUCGUAAUAAUCGUAACACUGGUCACGUAAUCACGUUGGGUAACGCUGGAACAUUGGGAGGUUUCUGGAACGGCGGUCGUCAGACUCGUUUUAUCAUCCAUGGAUGGAACAACAACGGAGGAUCGCCAGUGAACACUCAGAUUCGUAACGCAUAUCUGGAUCGUGGAGACUUCAACGUGAUCACCGUCGAUUGGGGAGCAGGUGCCCAGAAUCCAAACUACGUGACUGCCCGCAACCACAUCAACGCCGUCGGGGCCACUGUUGGUCGUUUUGUAGACUUCCUGAACCAAAGCGGAGGCAUGUCCUUCAACAACGUGUACAUCACUGGUCACAGUCUGGGAGGACACACCGCUGGUAUUGCCGGAAAGCGCGUGACCCGUGGACGUCUGCACACGGUUGUUGCUCUGGAUCCUGCUCUGCCCCUGUUCUCGAUCAACGCACCCAAUGAACGCGUUGCCCCAACCGACGCCAACUACGUAGAGGUCAUCCACACGAACGCCGGUCUGCUCGGAUUCGACUUGCCGAUUGGACAAGCCGAUUUCUACCCGAACGGUGGACGCUCGCAGCCAGGAUGCGGAGUGGAUGUGGCCGGAACCUGCGCCCAUAGCCGCGCCUGGGAGUUCUUCGCCGAGUCGGUACGUACCGGACGGUUCAACUCGGUCCGCUGCGCCAACUACGACCAGAUCCUGAACAACAACUGCGUCUCGAGUGGUCCCAACAGGAAUAUGGGAGGAGAGCCGUCGAACAUCGGAAUCGCCAGUGGAGUGUACCACUUGAUCACCAACGCCGCCAGUCCGUUUGCCCGAGGUUAAAGAUAUUUAAUAAAUUAUUUGCAAAAUCUC